AUGCAUCUAACGUUUGUUAUAAAAUCGUUUAUCAUAACAAAGAAAAUGUGCCAUGUUCAUAUUCUCUUCCUAUUGAUUGCAGCACAAAGUGUGCUUACUCAUGGUGUCCCUUCCCUCACAAGUUACGAGAGUUCCUCCCAUGAUGCAGAUGUUUACCCAGUGGAUUUCGCCGAAACUCUGAGCGAGGGCUCCGAAGGUUAUACUGCGUCUGCUCCCAAAGACCUGGCAGAAAGCUCCAUCGGUCACUACAAGCAAAAUGGACAGUUUUCACUUUAUGGUAACAUCAACCAUGAUUCGGACUACGGAUUGGAUGCUAAUCUCUUGUCAGCCGGUAAACUCCUUGGAAAGGGCUUCCUAACCAAAGGAUCGAAAUAUGAAACUGUCACAGCAUUCCAAAAAGGCGGUGUGUAUGGUCCCAAUGGAUACAAGAAACGACAUCAUGAUUUCAACACGCAAGGCUUCGUGAAGAACUUUCUUAGUAAAGAAAUCGAUAGUAAAUUCAAACUUGAUGGCAACCUGAAAUCUCAAGGAAACUUGAAUAUCUACGGUGAGUCCAGCGUAGUUGGAAAACUUGAAAAGGUCAAUGGAUUAAACUCAAAUGGUGAUCUGAGAAAGUACCGUCAGUAUGGCGGACUUGCUAAUGAUAAUAGCUACAAUCUACUGGAAAAUUCAGACAACCAUGGGGAUGAUUACUACACACACGGGUUGGUGAACAGUUUUGAUGGUAAUGAGUGGGGCAAUAAGUUUCGUCACAAAAACCAUAUUCACCCCCAUGGAAAUAUUCAUGCUUACGGUGGUUCAAGGGUAGUCGGGAAGUAUGGAAGGAUCGGUGGUUUUGAUUCUGACGGCGACUCGAACAAAUUCGGACAAUACGGCAGUUACACAGGUGUUGUUGGUGAUAACCCCUAUGAGCUUCCAGGGAGCUCGGAAAGCCUUGUGAGUGGCUACAACGUGCGAGAUAAUGUGAACGAAUUUGGUGGCACAAAGAAGCUUCGACUCAAAAGUAAACUUAAGCCCUAUGGAAAUAUAUAUGUCUACGGUGAUUCAAGCGUUGUCGGAAAGUUUGGAAGGACCGGUGAUUUCAAUUCUGAUGGUGGCCUGAACAAAUUCGAACAACAUGGCAGUUCCACAGGUGUUGGUGUUGUUGGUAAUAGCCACAGUCUUGUGAAAGGUUCAGACAUCAUUGCUAAUGACUACAACUCACAUGAAUUCACGAACAACUUGGUGGGAAAAGGGACCAAGAACAUAGUUCACCUCAAGAGUAGUCCAAAUUCCAAAGGAAGCAACAAUAUCUUAGUUGAUUCAAGCUCAAUUAGAAAUUUCAAUGAAGUCAGUGGUUUCACCCAUAACGCCAAACCAAAGAAGUACCGUCACCAUGUGGGUUCCACAGGGAUCACUGACUACAAUAGCCGUAAACUAGUGAAGAAUGCAAAGGGUCUUGGGAGCGAUGUGGAAUUCGCCCAACACACACAUGUUGACACCUUCGGAGAUGUGGACAGCACGAACUAG